GAGAGGAGAGACUCUCGCAGAGUCAGUUUAUCGCGUGCCAUGCUCUGUUGCGUAUCGCGUAAGGCGGCCGGUGGCUGCGGCGGCGUCGACGAGGCUGCUGCAGCUGCGGCCAAAGACACCAUGGGUCCGGCUCGAUGCAGCGUCGCCCGCUUCAUUCUCGAUCCCAUGAGACGGCGCAAUUUCAAAACUGUCAAAAGUAGCGGCAAAAACAAGAGGGACCAGGAGGCCGACGAGGAAGAGGAGAGAGCUUUAAAAAAGCUCGACGAUGCGGUGCGCGGCGUCGCCAUGGUCGCCAGUACCUUCGGCACUUUCAAGGGCCAGAGCGAGCAACCCCUGCAGGCCACCUUUGCCGCCCAGAGGGUCGACGAUUUCGCCGAUUAUUAUUAUGAUGGACGGGCCGAGUCACUGGAGCCGUGCGGCGUGUGCGGCCGCAAAUUCAAUCCGCGCUCGCUCGAGAAGCACAUGCCGAUCUGCGAGCGGACCGCGGCGAAAAAGCGCAAACCCUUCGACUCGGCCAAGCAGCGCAUAAAGGGCACCGAGCUGGCCGAGUUUCUGCCCAAGCAGAAGUCGUCGAGCGCGACCCUCAGCAGCAGCACCGAUCACCUGUCCACGUCGUCGACGGUGCACAUGGGCCACUCGCGGCGGCCUAGUCUGCCGCAGGUCGACGAUCGGCCGCUUCCGACCUCCGGCAGCAGGGAAAAUCAGCCCUGGCGACAGAAGAGAGAGGAGUUCAUCAAAGCCAUCAGAGCGGCGCGCGGCGAAGACAGUCAGCCUUCGUCGCAGCCUUCGUCGCAUCGUUCCAAUCAUCAUCAGCAUCAUCAGCAGCAGAUGCAGCAGAGGCCGUCGACCCUGUCGCUAGUGAGCUCCCACGGAGCGCCUCAGAGGGCCAACGAGAAGGGCCAGUGCCCGACCUGCCAGCGCCAGUUCGGCGUCAAGUCCUACGAUCGUCACGUGGCCUUCUGCCGGGAACGGGCGACUCGCGUGCCGGCCAGUCCGCAGGUCACCAACAACGUGGCCAAGGAGCGACUCGACGCCAGGAUGAAGUACCGAGCGCCGGCCCUCAAGAACCGCAAGCUCACCAUGAAGGAGAAGUACGCGCCGGGUGGGCCUCACAAGGUGCCCCAGUCGCCGAUCAUGUCGAGAUCGGCACUCGCGGCUAAGGAACACAAAAACGAGCCCAAGUUGCCCACGCUAAAGCGACCGAGUCAGACGAACAAGGAAACGCCGAUAUCUUCGCCGGCGACCACGCCGCACUCGAGUAGCAACAACGGCCCUUUGAAAUCUCGUGCGAUCGACCGCUCGAAUAGAGGAUCGAACGGCGAUUAUAAUCCGUUCUUACUAGCCGAGCAGCAGUUCAACGAACUAUUCUCCGAGAGCGACCAGUCGUCGACCGACGGCUCGAGCCAACCACGCUCCACCUCCCAACGCCCGAAACCCAAUUCCACCCCCAAUUCUCCCUUCGCCAAUUCCUCGGCCUUCGUGCAAUAUCCCCCGUCGAGCAACGGCAGCGUCUCGUCCUCUUCCACGCGUCAGGUAUCGCCCCUUCCAGUGGCUGCCCCCGCGCCAUCGUCCCUGCAGCCGACGACGAGCUGCGUCGAACCGGCGAUACUCGCGAGCGCGGACAAGGCCGUCGCACCACCGGCACCUCCUCGGCUCUCGGCGCCGCCACCGCCACCCUUCGACGAUCUCACCUCGUCCGACAUAUCGGGCAGCGACUGCACCGAGAGCACCAACUCGCUGACCCGCAGCGACCGAGGCGGCCUCUCGUCCACGGCCUCGUCCGCGUCUCGUCAUCUGGGCCGUCGUAUGAUCAUCGACCCGUCGCAAGCUCUCGGUGGCGGCGAAUUCGCUCCGGUCGAGCUCAAUAAUCCUCCUCCCGUCAAAAAUUCGCCCAGCAGCAACGGCGCUGCUGGCAACAUUAUCUCGAGACUGAAUCGACAAGCUCCUAUUCAGCAGCAGCAGCAGCAGACAAAUCGCUCCAACUCGAUGCGCUCGAUCUCGGCGCCGAAACCUCCCGAACGCAAGCUCUCGAGCUCCUCCUCCUCCGGAAGCUCCGAAUUUUCCCGCAAAGCUCCCUUUGCCAAACCCAUGCGAGCACUGCCCGGCCACAGAACCAACAACACCCCCGUUCAGCAGCACCACACGAUGAACCAUCGCGUUUAUCGCAACAAUUAUCCGAAAUACUCGAACGGCAGCCUGAGUUCGAUCAUCGCGCCCCACGAGUCCGAGCUCAAGCGCUCCAACUCGCUGUUCGACGACCUGUUGAGCUCUUUCGACGACGACACGGCCAACUCUUGCUCCACCUUCCCGUCCCUUAUUUCCAUGAUGAGAAACGAUAUUUCCUCUUCCAUGAUGCUGCCCAGCGUGAGCCAGCAGCAGCAGCAGCAAAACGGCAGCCACGGGCUCAACGGUCAUCAGCAGCAGCAGCAGCGCAGUAACAACAACGGCAACGGCCUCAACGGUAGCAGGAUCAAUCACAGCGACGAGGACGACGUCGAGCUAUCGUCGCCGGAGAGCGUCAAGAAGCAGGAGUGCAACGGUAAACUCAGUGCGGACUCGGCCUACAGCAGUCUAAAUCGCAAAUAUUCCUCGCACGUGCGCAGCACCAACGACGUGAGCGGCAGCUUCAACAACAAGUGCAAGCUGGCCGUCUACUGCCACCAGUGCGGCGAGAGGUUCCCCGACCUGGCCAAGUUCUGCUGCGAGUGCGGCAUCAAGAGGCUCGCGCUCUGAUACGAGCCGAGCGCACGCGGCUUUCUGCCGGCCAUCGGCCACGAGGAGGAUCAUCGACAUCGUCAUCGCGAUGCAGCAGCAGCUGCUGCGUCUGCGAAUCACACGAGUGAUAACGACAUAGAGUCGUCCUCGAGUUGCGAAUGAGCCAGUUACGUUUACGUACUUUUAGUAUAUAUCAUUUAUUUUGUUUAUAGAUAUUUAUUUAGCUUAG